CCUUGAAGGUUAAGCGCUCUCUACUUUAUCUUCCAGGACCUACGGUCGAGAGUUGGUAGUCCAAAUAUGUUUGUUUCGAUGUUCGCUUUUGAGCAUUCGACGAUGAAGAUCGAUAAGUUAGGGAAGCACUUCUUUUCCCUGCUUUCGAUCGUCUCCACUCUGGCUUGGGCUUGGAAUUUCUUCCUCGGUUUCUCUUUGUUCCCUUAUCAAAUACCCGAAACCGUCGGCGGCAAUGAUUUCAAGCCCGGCAGCCUCAACUACAACUGCAAGCAUGACUCGGGUGAUGACGAUGAAGUUGUCGAAUGUGCUAUUUGUUUAUGCAAGAUCGAUGAAGACGAUGAGAUUCGAGAGUUGAGAUGCGACCAUCUUUUCCAUAAAGUUUGCUUGGACAGAUGGGUCGGAUACCGACGUUCGACCUGCCCUAUUUGUCGCAGUUCUUUAACUCCUCGGCAACUAGUUUCCGGCAUGGAAGUCAUUCUUUUCAAAUAUUCUUCUUUCGACGAUUCCAGCCACCGGGAAACAUGGUGGCUGCGAUAGAUUCAAAUAAGUUUGAGCUGCUUUUUUUUAUUGUUAAUAUUCACUAUAAUUAAUAAUAAUAACAUUUGUUAUGUCU